AUGUUAGACAUUGAAUCAGCAAUCAACAAAUGGCGUGCUAAGUAUGGUGAUCAAUUUACUGUACGAAUAUUCGGUCGAUAUUUCACAUUUGUCACAAAGCAUUCUGAUUUGAAGAAAUACUACAAUGCUAGCGAAGAAAUGUUGAGUCUAUCAAGAGCAGGGCAGUUUAUCGUAGGUUCGGCAUAUCCUGAAAAUCAGUACUUGACUGAAUAUGAUACAAUACCCUACAUACAAAAUAUUCUGUCUUCGCAUCGUUUGAUUUAUAUGUCAUCGAAUAUUCAAGCUAUUGCACAUGAUUAUUUUAAUAAAAAUAACGGCAAAUUUUGGUUAGAAAACGGCGAUGAAGCUGUAGUUGAUUUAUUUGACUUUUUUUAUCGACUUAUUUUGCGUACGAAUUCGAUGAAUUUUAUAUCACGCCGCGUAUAUAAGGAUCACGUUGAGGAACUUAUUAAACUCUAUAUUAUCUUAGAUGUAGAAAAGAAUGCCCUAAAUCCAGUUGUGCACGGUCUCAAGCGGCGACUAGGACUCAAAAGUGACCGAGAUGCUGCAUGGGAACAUUGGGUACGUAUUAUGAUGCCAGACAUCGAACAAUGUUUGCAAAUGAUCGACGAUCACAUCGAACCAGCUAAUUACGAUACCGUAUACGAAACAGUGAAGUACGCAAAAGAGGAACUGGAAAAACGUGGAAAACCAUUUACACCUCGACUGGUUGCCUAUUUUACGUUCACCACUUUUUUUCCGGCACAAUUUAACACAUAUAUAACUGCAGCAUUUGUGAUUAUCGAAUGGAUUCGUCAUGAACACGAUGAAAUCGGACGACGAAUUCGAGAAGAAAUUGAUCGUGCACCACCAACAGGUGAAUUUACCAUUGAAUAUUUAAAUUCAAUGGAAUUCGUUCAAGCAUGUAUUUAUGAAGUGAUCAGAUUGGGUACUGAUUCUCAAUUGAGCUUGCGGCAUGCUGGACAAGAUGUUCUUCUAUCAAAUGAUAAAUAUAUCCCAUCGGGUAAUCUUGUUGCCAUCCCUGUAACUCGUGCUCAUGAUUUGUAUACGAAUCCUGACAAGUUUGAUCCCGAAAGACAUUUGGCACCGAGACAAGAGAAUAAGCGUGAUCCGUAUCGAGUGGCACCGUUUGGACGAGGUAAACAUCCUUGCACUGGAGAACGAUAUGUCAAAAUGCAAAUCAAAGUGUUGCUCAUUGCAUUGUCGAAAAUGUGCGAAAUGAAAAUCAUGCCAGAAUCAAUCAAUUUUGAAGCGACCAUCAACAGAAAACAGUUGGUAGGAUUAAGCCGUCCAACGAAACCCGUCUUCGUGAAAAUAUCUAAGCGAAAAUAA